UCUCUAUAUAUAAAUUAAGAAAAAAUUAAAUUAAGUUAAUUAUCAUGAAGGCUGUUGCAGUACUAGUUAUAGUUGUGCUGGCUGUGAUCCAGCUAGCAAUGGUUGCACAGGGCGCAAUCACUUGUGGACAAGUGGAUGCUAAUUUGGCACCCUGUAUCCCUUUCCUGACACAAGGUGGUGAGCCCGGUGCAGCCUGCUGCAGCGGGGUGAAAACCUUGAAUGGUAAUGCUCAAUCCCCUGAUGACAGGAAGACUGCUUGCAACUGCGUUAAGGCUGCUGCGAAUCGAUACCCCAACCUUAAAGAUGACGCUGCUCAGUCUCUCCCUAGCAAGUGCGGCAUAUCCCUCAACGUCCCUAUCUCCAGGACCAUCAACUGUGACACGUAA